UUAGUCAUGGUCGUGCACAUUAACUUCUUUUUUAAUUCUGCCAAAUUCGACCAAUCUUACAAUUAGGACCGCGUCGCAUCUUUAUUUAUUUGGUUUCACAUCAUCAAAUGUCAACGACUUAGCCUUUUAUUUCUCCAAAGUCUUAAACAUUAGAGAAACAUUAUGAUCCCAUCCAAUUUUAUUAAGCUUAUUUUCUUUCUUUUGUAACAAUUUUCUGAAAACAUUUGAUCGAAACGAUGGAAAAAGGUUUUUCAUUGGUGCCUAAAGAAGAAGAAGAAGAAAAUUUCAGAAAUGAGAAAUCUGCAGAUCAAACGAGUUAUUUAUCAACAGAGAUGACGAAGAAAGUUAGCUCCAUGGCUGCUCCAAUGGUGGCUGUGGCUGUUUCUCAAUACCUCCUUCAAGUUAUCUCCAUAGUAAUGGCCGGUCACUUGGACGAGAUCUCUCUCUCUGGCGUCGCCAUUGCCACUUCUCUUACCAAUGUCACUGGCUUCAGCCUCCUCUUUGGGUUGGCAGGUGCGUUAGAGACAUUGUGUGGUCAAGCUUUUGGAGCUGAGCAAUUUAGGAAAAUCAGUUCAUAUACAUACGGCUCAAUGCUAUGUCUUGUCUUGUUCUGUCUCCCAAUCUCUCUUCUUUGGGUUUUCAUGGACAAACUCUUGGAACUUUUCCACCAAGAUCCACUCAUCUCUCAGUUAGCUUGUAGAUACUCGAUAUGGCUCAUCCCGGCUUUAUUCGGAUACUCAAUUCUUCAAUCUUUGACUCGUUAUUUCCAGUCACAAGGACUGGUUCUUCCUCUCUUCUUGAGCUCUCUUGGAGCUCUCUGUUUUCACAUUCCCUUUUGCUGGCUUCUUGUCUAUAAACUGAGAUUUGGAAUCGUUGGCGCUGCUCUGUCCAUUGGUCUUUCCUAUUGGUUGAACGUAGGUUUGCUUUGGGUUUUCAUGCGAGACUCUUCUCUGCAUCGCGAAACCAAAAAUCUAAGAGCUCAAGAAAUCUUCUUGUGCAUGAAGCAGUUCAUUGCCCUAGCGAUUCCCUCUGCCAUGAUGACUUGCUUGGAAUGGUGGUCUUUUGACCUUCUUGUACUAAUGUCUGGACUCUUACCGAACUCAAAGCUCGAAACAUCCGUGCUAUCCAUUUGCCUAACAAUGUCGUCUCUGCAUUACGUUCUGGUGAAUGCUAUAGGAGCAUCUGCAAGCACGCAUGUCUCAAACGAGCUAGGAGCUGGAAAUCCAAAGGCAGCUCGAGCCGCGGCUACAUCUGCGGUUUUCCUCGGUGUUAUCGAUGCAACCAUAGUAAGUAUCACCCUCUACACCUACCGAGGAAAUUGGGCUUAUAUAUUCAGCAACGAAAGUGAAGUGGCUCAUUAUGCAACUCAAAUCACACCCAUUUUAUGCCUAUCCAUUGGUGUGGACAGCUUUCUAGCCGUGCUCUCAGGGGUUGCUAGAGGAACAGGAUGGCAACAUAUAGGAGCUUAUGCAAAUAUAGGUUCGUAUUAUCUGGCCGGGAUCCCGUUGGGUUCGUUCUUGUGUUUCGUUGUGAAAUUGAGAGGGAAGGGACUCUGGAUUGGUAUUUUAAUAGGCUCUACUCUACAAACAAUAGUCCUUGCGGUUGUCACUUUCUUCACAAGUUGGGAACAAGAGGCAGCGAAGGCAAGAGACAGAGUAAUCGAGGUGAGACCACAAGACAACCAAAAAUUGCAAAGCAUUUUACAAGAGGAUGUACAAGUUUUGCUAAAGGAUGUUUCAGAAAAUGUGUAAAAUCACUCAACAUAAUGAUAACUACGUGGUCGUAAAUAUAAUUAAUAUAUUGUUCGCAUAUCUUCUAUUGAUAGGAAAUAAGAAUUUGUUUAUUAUCACAAAAGUUGUUGACAAAAAAAAGGGUUUAUUAAUCAAUCUAUACAAAAAAAGGUUUAUUAAUAGGAUCCUAUCUAAUUUUAACCCAUGUUAUACGUUUUUAUUUACUACCUAUGCCACUGAUUUUGGAAAGAUUUCAACAGCUUCAUUAAGGUCAUUCCCGUAAUUUAAAACUUAACGAUUUCUCCCUCUUCUAUUGGCUCUUACUUAAUGAUGUUCUGUAAUAAUAAAGAUGUAGGUCCAAACGUUGUCGAACAAUAUGUCUUGGAAUGUUACUAAUCGUCUCGUUCUGAACCGCAGUUAACAAUAACAAAAAUCUUUACAUAUACCAUAUAUCCAUAUGUUUUUAUGACUGUUAAAACCACACCGCAGUUAAACCGCUUGUCCCGCAUCGCUCAAAUCACAGUUAUCAUUUGGAGCCUAUAUAUCGAAUGUCUUUGAGAAAUAGGUCCAAAGACAAAACGAUGUAGCCUUGCUAAUCAAUAACGUGGAAAACAAUUAUGUAUUUAUUGCACUAUAUCAUUUUACUUGGAAUUCAAGGAUACAUAUUUACUAUGAAAACUAUUUCACCUUUACAUCGUAGAUUUUAUAAAGAUAUUUUAUUCCAACUGAAUUGUAAAUAUUAUAUUUAUAUCUAAAUCUAAGCUAACAAUAAAUCUCUAAAUCUUUUUUGCUUGAUCACUACUCUAGGGAUUUCCUAAACUGAAUCCAAAUAUGCUAGAGAAUUUUUUAAGCGACGCUUAAAAAAACAUCGCCUAACCUAAUAUUAUAUACUAUGAUCGGCCCGCCCUACGGGCGGGAUAUAUUUUACUUAUGAUCUAGAUUAUUAUUAUUUUUGUAUGAUUUGUGGUUUGUCUUAUAGGUUUGCAUUUGCAAACAUGUGUAUAAUAAUGAUUUUUGUCUUUUUGAAAAUUUUAGCUGAGAAGGGAUUAUACGUGAUAAAAUAUAUUUUGCUUGCUUACAAUAGUUAUUUCUGUCGUCCAAAAACAUUAAUUUUACAAUAGUAUAUAUUAGUUAAAUUUUAUCUGCUUUUAUGUUCAACAAAUUUUAUCUACUUAAUUAAAUUAUUUGUAAUGCCUGUUGAAUUUGAUGAUAGUGUAUAAAUGUCUUUUAUCUGUAAUUCAAUGAAAAUAUCAGAAAACUGAAAUUAAAAAAAAAUGAAAGAUGAAUUCAUUUUUUAAAAGAUGACUUUUUUUAUGUUUAUAUGAAAGUUAUAUAUAUAAUAGUUAUUUUAUUAUUAUUUUAUCGAAUUAAGUUAUAUUUUACAUAUGUCCAGUUCAAGACCAGUAAAAUUUAUGAUUAGGUAUUUAUUCAUCUACGAGUAAUAAUUUAUAGAUUUUCUCCUAUAUGUAUUAUUAUGUUAUUACUAUUUUGUGUUGAUAUAAUGAAUCUCCAUGUUAUCGGUUAAAUAGUUAUAUUGCCUGGCAUUGUAGACUAAAGGAAGAACUUCAUUGUACAGUUUGUUAAGAAAAUAUAUUUCAAACUGAAGGAACAUAUAAUGGAGUUUAAAUUUUGAAGUUUUGUACGAUUCAUAUUUGAAGUUCUUUACUUUAAAGUCCUUGAAAUUAUCUGUUUUUCAAAUAACAUAGUUAACUUUUAUUGUUAUCACUUUAGUCUUUAUAAUUUUAUUCUUAUACAAUUAAGAACAUCUUGCGGUUAACUAUAGUAUGUGGACUGCAUCAUUAUUGAAGGAAAAAAUAGAGCUUUGAAACAAACAAUGGAGCUCCACUAUAUUUUGCGAGUUAUAAUAAUAUUUCUUGAAAAAAAAGUUCACUUAGUGUACUGGAAGACAAUCAUUUAAUUCCAAAUUCAAUAAUAAUUCUAAAUAAUCAAAACCCAAAUAACCCAUAGUUGGAGUGCUCAGUGUUUGCUAGUUUUCUUUGAACUUGGGGCCUUUUUCAUCAUCAAUAGGAGUCUCGGUGGAGGUUAUGACUGAAUCAGUAUGCGUAGGCUAUGGGUCUGUGCUGGCUGGACGUCCUUCAAUAACUGGAACAGCAUCAGAUGCCCGUUUGUGUGAACUGAACACUGCGUUUCACCACUGUAUUUGGGACCACAGAAAGUUUUACAGCAGCCACAUCAUUAGAAACUCCACAGUUAAUAUUCAAAUGUGAAGCUUAGUAAAUGAGCUAAAGCAGAAAGCUAAGUAAUAACAAAUCUCUUAUUUAGUUAUUUUCAAAUAAAAGACGUUUUGAUAAGGUAAUUGUGCGCAGCAUGAAAAGGAGAGACAACGCAAACAACACAUGUAUCUGGUCAUGCUAUUACAGUGAUCCUUAUGCAGUGAACGUACCUAGGGAUGAGUUGAGAACGUAGCUAUUAAUUUCAGAUAAUGUGACGGAUUCAAUUUUCUUAACAUCACCAUACUUGGAAGAUGUGGCAGAGGAACCACUCUUUGCUCUACGGAGCCUGCAGUUGGUGUCUUUAAUGUGGGAAGUGUGUCACCGAUAUGACAUUAAGGAAUACAUGACCUGCACAGACAGAUUAAGAGAGCAUGAAAACUGAUGUGUUCCUGUUCUUGUAAAUGACAUUCUCUCUCACUUCAUUCAUUCUCUGUCUAAAAUGGAAAGAGCCAUGGUCCCGACAUGCAAAGCAUACCUAGUUUACCAGCCAUUGUGAACAUUUUUGAGCAGGAAAACCUUAGCAUCUCAGUCAGCUAAAGCCAAAUCUGCCCAAAACCAGAGCAAUAUGAAACAGCAAUGGGUUUCAGACUUGAUAAGAGUGAUCAAGAGUCUUUUUACCUUCAUUGUUGUUGCCCACCAUGAGAUAUGCUUAUGAAGCUCUGAACUCAAGCUUUCCAUCUCAAAUUAUCAAUCUACAGAGGAAGCUCCACCCAUACGUAAUUAAAUAGGGCAAAUCUCCAAAAUAGCAACUUUCUAAGUUUAUAUCACAAAAAUAGCAAUCAAAAACAAAAAUAACCAAAAUAGC